AUGGCGUCGGUGAGCCUUCGGUGCGGCGGAGGAGCGAUGUGUUCAGUGCGUCUCGCCGGAAUCGAUCUUCAUCGCGCUCAAUCAUCGAUGGUGGCGAUGAUCGGCCGAGGUAAUGAUAAUAAUAAGUGCAUGAACCCGAUUUCGAUGUCGUUGGCUCGUAUGGACAGUUUGGAAACGAAGAGGACAAAACAGAAACGAGAUGAGACAAUUUCGCAUGAGAAUGUGAUCGACGAGUGGAUGAAAAACUCCGUCUCUGAGAUCGUCAAGAACUUACGUGAAGCGCCAUUACUUGUCCACGUGUACUCCGAUAACGGUCAUUCGACGAGGUUGAAAACGGAGAAGUCGGUGUCCGAGGACUGGCCGUCGGUGAAAUCAAAAUGGGAGGACGGAACGACGCCCUUUCCGGAGGGCGUGAUUUUCGUGAAACAGUUAAAAGAUGACAAAGCGGAAAAAGAAUCAGAUUCGUUGAUGGGAGAGAGUGACUUCAGUCGCGCGUGGGGGAUUGUGGUGCAAGCGGAAGGGCAGAGUUGUUUGCCAGCGUGUUAUUUGUUGAAAACGAGUCGGGCCGGGCCGUUAGCGGGGUUGGGGUUGUGCUGUACGCACUUUUGUCUGAUGAAGCAUUUGUGUAGAAGAAGAUCCGGGCAUGCUCAAUCCCGUAACUUCUCAUCCCGCAAUGCGAAAGAUGAGAUCUUUAUUAAGCAUAGAAGGGUUCGGUGGUUUGUCAAUUCUGUGACUGCAACUUAUCUUGUAUAUCUUUUUGGUCUUCCUUUCAUGGAUGAAAGGAGGAUGAACAUAGUGGAGAUUGGUGGUGCGCAGGAGCUUGUAUAUAUGUUGGGGGAUGCUGAAGACUAUUAUACACGGAUAGAAGCACUGAAGGCUCUUGCUGCCCUUUCUGGCUCAGGUUAG